AUGGCCCUGCGCGUUCACCGGCCAAGUCUGGUGGUCAACGCUGCAUCCAAAGCCCUGUUUAAAAGGCCUGACAGGGAGGUAUUUCUUGAGCUGCCGCUGCUACGCAUCGGUGUGCGGCUGAGCACUGAGGCGAUUCAUUACCUUCUCAGCCAAUCCGAGUCCGAGGUGGCUCUGAAUCCUGUGUUGUCUCCCCGAACCACCAGGGGGCCUCAGUCCCACAGCGGGAGAUCCAGCUCUGAGUUUGCCUUCACCCUGAACCCUCCAGCCCCAGUCAAACUGUCCCACCCUGCCUCUUCUCCCUCCUCUUCGUCUCCUCCUGCCCUUCUUUCUUCUCCCUCCUGGCCCCCACAGGCCCACCUGGACUCCCAGUCAACCUUCUCCCUCCAUGAGGGGCAGGGGGAGGUGCCGGGGGCCCCGGAUGUGGCCCCGCAGCCUCUUCAUCUCGCUUCACCUGGGAACCUCAGGGACCUGGGACAACAACCCUGCCAGGAUGUGUCAACAUUAACAGAUCUUUGUUCAGACCUGCCCGAGUUGGAGAUAGUGAGCCUCCUAUCAGAGGGUCAACCCAACUACACUCUUCGAGCGGAUGCUGUGUUUGGUUACGACAAUGACGACUGGCUGCACACCCCUCUGCUGCCUCCAGAGGUCGCUCUGGGACUCACACACGAGCAGAUUGAAGAGACGCUCAAGUACUUCUUGCUGUGCUCAGACAGAGUGGGCCAGGUCACCAAGACGUAUCAUGACAUCAAGGCAGUCACCCACCUGCUGGAGGAGAAAGAGCGGGAUCUCGAGUUAGCAGCGCGCAUCGGCCAGUCCCUCCUGAAGCAGAACCAAGAACUGACGGCACGUAAUGAAAUACUGGAUGAACAGCUUGAAAUUGCAAAGGAAGAGAUUGCUCAACUUCGUCAUGAGCUCACGAUGCGAGACGACCUCCUUCAGUUCUAUGCGAGCACUGAGGAGAUCGAGAACGCUGAAUCACACUCGCCAAUAAAAAGGAAUGAAUCAUGCAGUUCUCUCAGCAACUUCGUCCACUAUGACUUCCUGCAGCAGAAACUGAAGGGUUUAGAGGACGAGAACCGCAAACUGCGAUUAGAGGCCAACGAGCUCACAACAGAGACGACCAACUAUGAGGAGCAAGAGCAGGAGCUGAUGAUGGUGUGCGUGGAAGAACUGUCCUCUGUCAAUAAGCAGGUGGUCGACCUGUCAGAGGAGCUAGCGAGGAAAGUGGAGGACUCUCUCCGUCAGCAGGAGGAGAUCAGCUCGCUGCUCGCUCAGAUCGUGGACCUGCAGGCCCGUUGCAAAGGGCUCACCAAUGAGAAUGAGGAGCUGAACCAAAACCUGAGUGCCUCCCGUGAGAGCCAGCUAAAACUGAAAUCAGAGCUCCAGGACCUGAGGGACAAGUACUCAGAGUGUGAGGACAUGCUCCGCGAGGCCCGAGAGGACAUCAAGAACUUGCGGAAUAAGAGCCUACCCAACAGCACAGUGCAGCGGUACACAGCGCUGGCCUCUGUCCUCCCCAUGGACUCACUGGCGGCCGAGAUAGAGGGCACCUUCCGCAAAGGCCUGGACACCCCCGCUCCCUCAGAGUACAAGAACCACCCAUGGCGUGUGUUUGAAACCGUGAAGGUGGUGAACAAGGCCGUGAGGCUGCGCUCUCGAUGCCACUCCCCGGGGCUGCCCGGCUCCAGUCCAGUGUCCACUUGCUCCAGUUGUACCAGCACCCCCCGGACCAGCUACUAUGGCUCAGAUAAUGCCAGCCUUACUCUGGAGGACAAGCCCAGCUCCAACAACGCUCAGAAAGAAGACAGCAGUGGGCCAAAGCGUCUGGGCCAGCCAGGCACGCCAGGGGGCCAGGACCUCGAAGCCGCCUUGCGCAGCCUGUCAGCCCGCCAGAAGAACCACUCUUCGGAGCGACCAUUCUUCGAUGUGGAGCGUGAGCGUAAACUGCAUGCCUUGGCAGCAAACUGCGAAGAGGGCGAGGGCUCCAGUGGCUUCCUGACACCAAAUGACAGCCUGGCGUCCAGCCUGGCAGCAUCAACAGGCACCAAUUACUCCAAUGGCAGCUCACGGCACUCCUGCGGCUCCUCAGGAGGAUCUAGGUCCUACCUCCCAGACCGCCUGCAGAUCGUCAAACCUCUGGAAGGCUCGGUGACUCUGCACCAGUGGCAGCAGCUGGCCAAACCAAACCUGGGAGGCAUCCUGCAUCCACGUCCGGGCGUCCUGACUAAAGACUUCAGGGAGCUCGAGGUGGACAUACAGCACGUCUACAGUCUGAACGACCUGGAGGAGGAUGAACCCGACCUGUCGCACCUCCCCGGAGCACACGGCAUGGUCUCUCCAUCCGGUCCCAACCUCCCUCAGACCUCUCCCACACAUACCAUCACCACCUGCCAAGUCCUCCAACCCUCCCUCCCCACCCACCCCUUCUCCACUAGCCUUCACUCUUUCGACCUGCCAUCUUGUCGGAACUGUGAGCUCGUGAGCACUUCAUCUCCAUCCUACCAGCAGCACUUUGGCCCUGGAGGCCAGACAACCACCACCACAAAUGUAACCACUUCAUCACUGGGACUCCUGCAGCUGCUGCAAGAGCGUGGCAUCUCAGCCUGUCCUUAUUCCCACCACAGCCAGCUCUACAGCCAGAGUACAAAACCUUCACACUCCACAGCAAAAGACAAAGGUGGAAGCUCAACGUCGGAGGAGGAGGGAAGGAGGAAUAUUUUCAGUUUGAACUUGGUGAAGAAGCUUCACAGUCUGGGGUUGCACAGAGUGGUAGCUUGGGGGAUGACAGGCCGCAAUGAAGCAGAGAGAGAGAAGCAGUCGGACGUCCUCUGAAAGUUUGAUGAGGGCUGUUCACCACUUAACUCCUCUCAUUGACCGUACUGACUUUGCAUCCCGCCAUGAAUCCUACUGAGCAGGUCAGGGCACCACAGCUCUGAGGUCUUCAAAACAAAAGCCACAGAACGUGCUAGAGCCAUACUUUAAGCUGUCUGUAGUGUACAGUAAUAUUCUUUUCUAUGAAUGUUUGUACAGUAGUUAUUGUGUGUGUGUGUGCGUACGUGUGUGACAUUUCAUCUCAGGACAAUCACCUGAUCACCUGACCACCAGUCUGUUCGACUGCACCCUGCUUCUUUUUACACUCACCUUGAAGGAAAACAUAUUUUUAUAUUGUGUUUCGUGACAUUUUACACACUUUCCCUGCCGUCGGUUUUAAAGAACCUCACCACCUGUCAUCUUCUUUUAGUUUCCAAAGUAAAACAUCACUUACAGUAUGUGUAUAUAACGACGUUGUCAUUAAGGAGGGUUAAAAAAAAAGACUGUGCAGUAAAUUAUUGUUAGUUGAAACCACAAACCAAACAAAUGCUGUCACACUGAAGAACUUUCAAUUGCACUAAAAUACACUUUGGUUUUCCUGCUUAAUAGCUGCUACACUGAGAAAAGCAUGUUGUACAUAAGAUAGUGAAUGAAACACUUGAGAAAUUGAUGAAGAAGCAUUGAAAUGACAUAUGCCCCUAAGGGGAACAUAAGACACACUGACUGAACUGAAAGAUGUCGAUGUUUCUGGGGUUUAGCUGUUUGCCUGUUCAGUUCCUCACCUGCUUCCACAUAGCACACCUAGUUAUGGCUGCAUACAGUGCCGAUCACCUGUUUGUCUGACCUUGUGGACUUAAUCCUGAGCCAAACCUCUCACCAAAACCAAAUCAGGUUUGCCAUGCUGCAUCAAAGACAGUGAAGCAAUAUGUGUGUUUACUCGACUAAAAAGCCUACUUGUUCAAAUCUGCUCUGUUUCAUGUCAUCGGGACUUUUGAAAUUGCUGGAAUUUAACUAAAAUCAAUGUUUUGGCGGCAUUCAAAGUGAAUUCUCCUGUGACGUUAAGGAGAAUCCUUAUUUAAAGACAGGUAGAAGAGUGAUCAUAAUUAUUUAAACAGCGAAAUCUUUCCGAGCAAUCAGCUGUAGCAUAAAGGCAUAGGACACUGUGGAUUAAAAAGGGAAGAAAUCAUCAACACAGGUUGCAAUCAUUUGUGUUGGGGCUUCAAUCAACCAAUCAACCAAACCACUGUUUCUCUGCACUACUGUAUGUUCUGUUCUGUGUUAGCAUCACAGCUCUAUAUGUCGGUGUGUGUCUAAAUUUUACCACCUGUGAAUAAAACUUUGCAUUUCCAUCCGG